CCAGACGCGUAAAACAGGCAGGAAGCGCAGAGCAGCGCGCGACACAGAGCAGAGCCGCAGAAGAAGAAGAAGAAGAAGAAGAAGGAGAAGAAGAAGAAGUGCACGUCCACACAGGAAAGACAAGAAGAAGAAGAAGGAGAAGAAGACUAGAAGAGGAGGAGAGGAGAGUUGGAUGUAACUGCUGUUGUUGCUGUGGGGGAUGUGUGGCUCUCUAACUUUGUGACUGAGUGUCUCUCAUGGUGAGAGCAGGACGCAGAGGAUGGGAGUAACCUGGUCCUCCAGAUGUCUCGCUCUCUUCUUAGCUCUUCACCUCGUCUCCGUGUUGCAGACGGUGCUGGUCAGCGCGGGUCAAUGUGACUCUGUUUUUAAAGGCUUCUCUCACUGUCUGCUUCAGCUGGGGGAGAGCAUGGCCAACUAUCCCCAGGACCUGGACGACAGGGACAACCUGCACAAGAUCUGCGGUUACUGGGAUAACUUCCACUCCUGUGCCACGACGGCGCUGGCGGACUGCCCGGAGGGAGCGACGGACCUCUGGGAGAAACUGAAAAAGGAGUCCCGCAACCUGGAUUUCCGUGGGAGUUUGUUUGAACUCUGUGGCGGCGGCAACGGGGCCCCGAGAUCAGCCGACGCCAGGGGCCUCGCCUUGGUCCUAACCACGCUGCCCACCAUACUGACUUGGCUGGCGUUUUAACAGAAACACGGAAAACAUCAAAUAAAAACACAAAGUGAAAAGAAGAAAAAAAGGAAAAAAAAAAAAGAAAACAGAAGAAGAGCGAUCGCUGCUCUUCCAUUCUGAAAAAAACAACAACCGAGUUCGACGCCAUCACCAGAGAAUUCUCCCAAACUGGAUUUUUCUACAUCACGGUGCGGCGGCCUGGUUUGCCUUCCUGGGACAUCUGCAGGCCGUCCUCCUGCAGCUCUCAUCCAAUCACACGCCGACCUGACCCGGAGGUCGACAACAUGAAAUAUUCAACACGCCGUCGAGCUGAAAUGAUGACAAUGAUGAAAAUUUGAUGGAUCCUCGCCCGCUUACAAUCGUGGAAUUACACAGUAUUAAAGUCAACCAUGAAUCAUUGAUGUUUAGUAGGCUAGGCCCAGACAGCUCUAUGUGACUGCAGGGUGCUGACACAGUAUCAGGCUAUAUAUUAGGGCUGCCUGAGGAACACGUCCAUGUGUAACGCCAGGCCCAGCUUAACUCCACAAAAUCAAUAAGACCAGGCUUCGAGCGCCAGCCGCCUCAUCGCCACCACAGACAGUUUUUCCUUUUGUAUCGCGCCAAGACGGCGGUGUGGAGCCCGGUAGGUCUGAUGGACUGAAUGCUUGACGGUGAUGUAAUAUUUGUAUUCUUAUUGGCUGUUUGUUGUGUUCAGGCCACGGUCACACCAGCAGCUCAAUCAACCACUCUGUGAAGCGCCCGCCUUCACAGGAGAACUGGCGGCGUGAACAGGAAGUGUGAUUAUAAGUUGGACCCUGAGUCGACUGGUUAGCCUGCUGUCACUUAGAAAACACCAAGUGAAGCAGCUCGCCGGGUCCUGGUGUGACCGUAGCCUCUCUCCCCUGAGGUGCAGGGAUGUCGUUCAGAGUAUAAAGCCUGCUUUUCAUAAAAGAACCGUGUACGCUGAUGUGAGUUGCAUGUGGUCGGUUCAGACCGUCUCAGACGUUUCAGGAGAUGAGCACAAACUGCUGAAACGAGCGGACUCGACGUUUUUAUGGUUCACUGUUGCAUCCUAAAUCCACCUUCACGGGGCCGGCUCCUAAUGCUAACGCUAAUUAGAGACUCUACCUGAUUCUGGCGUUAUCACGUGUCUGUCCGGAUGUCAACACAGACCGGUCAGUAGCUAAGAUGACAUGCUAUGUUAGCUUAAUGUAGUUUAGCUCACCUUGUGGGUUACAUUGCUAACAGUUUAGCCGCUACCAAACCGAAAAAUUACAGAGUCACGUAAGCUAACUCCUUAGUACGCUAUGAAGGCUAGCUAACACAAAAGCUAAUGCUAAACUUUGAAUGAAUGGUGGCGCACUAAUGGUUAAGUAAUGCGGAUAGGAGCUAACUAGCAGCUCCAAGAACCAAACUAAUCAUGACUAUCUUCUUUUUCAACUUAACAACUAAACUAUGUGGCUAACAGUUAGCUUAUAGCACAGUGAAGAGGCUAAACUGAAUUUAUCAAGGCUAGCUUACACUUAAAUGUAGCAGCUAAACCAGAAGGAUGACAGCUAGCUAGUGUUUCAGUUUAGCAGCAAAAUAAUUAAGGCUAGCUAACUACAUACAGUAACCGAUGGACUAACCAGCUAAAGUUUAGCAUUAAAACAACAAUAUGGAUAGCUUCAGUUUAACAAACCAGAUUAAUGAUGGCUAGCUAAUACUUCAGUUAAGCGGCUAAAACCAGACUGCUAAGGGCUAGCUAACAGCUUGUGUAGCAGCUCAAACCAGAUGGAAGACAGCUUGCUAGUGUUUCAGAUUAGCAGCAAAAUAAUUAAGGCUAGCCAACUACAUACAGUAACCGAUGGACUAACCAGCUAAAGUUUAGCAUUAAAACAACAAUAUGGAUAGCUUCAGUUUAACAAUUUCAAACCAGAUGAAUCAUGGCUAGCUAAUACUUCAGUUAAGCGGCUAGCUAACAGCUUGUGUAGCAGCUCAAACUGCAGUGACAAAGGCUAGCUAACAGGUAUGUUUGCUAGCUUAACAGAUACAACCAGACUAGUAAAUACUAGUAGCUAAACAAGAAUGAUUAAGGCUAGCUGGGAUCAAAUGGUAACAGCCAGCUAAUAGCUCAGUUUAGAACAAAUCGAGGCUAGCUAAAAGUUAGUCCUUCAGCCAAACCAGAGCAGGUAAGAUAAGCUAAUAGUUAAGUGGCUAAUGUGGGCACUGUAGCAAAGCUGACCACUUAAAUUUAGCAGCCAAACUAGGCUAGCUGUUGAGAAGCUUUAAAUGUAAAUUCAGCCGUGGUAGUUCGUCCCUCGUUGCUCGAUCUGCGUUUCCAGCCGUCGUGCUCGCCUCCUGAGACCUCGUGAGAAAACGCUCAGAGUGUAAACUUCCGUUGGACACAUCAGCCCGAUGGAGACUCUUAAAAAACGGACCUUUUUGGACGUGAAAGUAGAAACACAGUAUAAUUCUCUUUAUUUCAUGUCGGUGGUUGAUUUCUCAGUGUUCCCUCCAUGUGUUCGAAAUGAAUGAAUCUGUGAGCAAAAAAAAAAACGGUUCCUAGAGAAAAAAAGAAAUACAGUAUUUUUCAAAGUCGACAGCAAUACGAAGACGUGACUUCAUGGCCAGUGUAGCUAUAAAAAAAUCAACCGUGGCUGAAGAGAGAUAUGACUGUUGCCAUUUAGCACUUCCCCCCCUUUUCAUACGCCCAUCCUAGACGAUCUUAGAGGUGAUAUAUUUUAGGUCUGUAUGUUAGAUUUUAAAAGCAGAGUCCCGACAGUACAGUAGCAUCGUAAACUACAUAAAUACCGUAAAUAAACCCGAGGAGGUUGUUUCUUUCUUUGCUGAGGCACAGAUGACGUUUCCACUGCCUUCUGAGAAAAAAGAUGUGUACUUCUGUUCGUUUGUUGGUUUGUCUCUUCGUUUGUUUCUGGGGAUGUCGCGUAACAAAAAAGAGUUUUUAAAAAAAGAGGACUUAUUCCAAAAAUCAUCUAACAAGAGAAUAUGUAUAUCAAAUGAUUUUGAGAAAAUAAAAAGCUCUAUUAUAGAUAGUCUAUCCCAGAAAGUUUAACACAAGAGUGAUACUUUACAGAUUAUAGGCCUACUGAGAUAUAAAAAAUAAAAGACUGCUAACAUGACAAAGAGUAAUAAAUAAAAAGACUAAUGUUUG